AUGGCUUCCGUGAAGGCAAUAUAUGCGUGUGUCAUGGGAGCCCUUAGCGCCUCAGCACAUCCUCUGCCAAUUCUACACCGCCGUGGUAUCGACCCCUCAUCCGACGCCUGGUCAGAGACAAUCGCUGGCAUCGGUCCCCUCAUCUUGCUCGUGGGCGAACAAUCAACAAAGCAGCUGCUUUGUACCGUCACAGGUUUGGCGAACGCAUUCUCCCUUGCUACGGCCCCGCUGGGUCUCUUGUCCAUCGUCACAAGCUUGAUCAGGCUGUGCGGACUUGAGAAAUUAAGAGCUUUUAUUGGACAUGAUCUUGAAGCAAGGACCGUGGCCGCGGUGGAGAUGACAAGAGUUAAUUGCGGAGGGGUGUACGCUGAGUUGGUGGAUGGAUACUUGAAAAGGAAUACGAAUGGGAAUCCGGCAGGAGUCGCUAUCGAGAUCUCGAUGCUUGAAGGAAAUUUUGACACCCAUAAUCAAGAGGUAGUGAAACAGGUGAUGGAAUGCGAUUCGUACCAAGCAAGAAAACGGAGGAAAGGAAUACCGGAUGAUUGCGCACAGAUUCACUGGUGUACCCAAAUUGUAGACCCCAACACUACUGCAGAUACUGUGGACAAAAUUGUUGACAUGCUUACAUCAAUUCACGGAAUAGAUUCGACGUGUCCAAAACUGCAAAGGUUUCGCACCCGGCUUAGACAACCAUAUAGAAAAGCAUCAAGGAAACCCACAAGAGAUAUGCCGUUCAAACCGGAAACAUUGAAUAUUGAUUUUUCCCCUCCUCACAGUACCAUAUCUUUUGACGACGCAGCCAUGAAGCUGACAUAUGUUUUGUCAUUCGACGCCGUUUCCGAGUUCUCUACGACGGCAUCUCCUUCCAAUGUCGCCACUGCGGUUCAAGGUUUAGCCUCGAUGGCAACAAUCCUCGCAAUGCAAUUCCUCACACUAUGGCAGGAAAACUGGAUCCCCUCUUCUGGAUGGAUAUUAACGUUUCUUGGCUACCUGGGAAUAGUUCUUGGUGUAAUUGGAGGGUCCCUGAUGAUUCAGUCGUCCUGCGAACACAUAACACUAAACACCAUGAGUUCAUGUAGCACCGCGAAUUGGGUCGAUGGUAUCAUUGCCUCAACGCUUGCGCCGGAAUCGAUGGACACGUCGGGGAAUCCACUGUGGUCCACCACAACGCAUCGACCCCAGAGAUUCGAAGCUGUAUGGCGGAAAGAGGUCACGCUUCGGACAAGUCAAAUUGCCUCGGCGAUGGCAUUCUUCCUGGUAGUGUCCUAUGUAUGCCAUUACCUGGGUCUCAGAGCACUACCUUGGUGGGUGAGCAGUGGAGAACUGUUGAUCUGCCUCCUAUCUGCGUUUGUGAGGUCCGUUCUGAAGGACGCACAAGCGCAGUUUAAGACAGUGGAGGGUGUGAAGAUGGACAGACGUUGUUUUUCUACCGGGGUGAUCCGUGUCCAGGACUCGGAAAGAAUACAGCCAAGUUUACGAAGACCCAACAGUAUAGACGUGCGCGCAUACGAUCAGCAUUUCGUCAGCAUCCAGACACCUAUAGACGGGGAACGAAUCGCGUGGUACAUCGCCAGAGAGCACGUUAAAAACAGAGCCUUUCGAUUGCAGAUUCACCAGCUGACCGGACUGUUCGUUCAAGUGGUGGACGAUCCGAAGUCGUACAAUAAUCUGGUGGUUUUUGUGUCUUUCAGAGGUGGCGUUCUUGUGGAAGAGGGAUUGGCAUAUCCAGAUAACAGGAUGACGAUUGCAUUCCGCUGUGCUCCGCUGGACCUUGGAGCUCCAACACCUCUUCUCGCUCGUGCGCUCAUGAGACAGCCAAGGUGGAUGGUAGAGCAUGAGGAGAUGAAAUCGAGGGGUAUGCCCCUAGGAAACGUCUACAUUUUUUCCAUCAACUCGAUGAUGAACUGGUGGACGAUAUCGGAGGACAGAAACGAUAUGGCAGAUUUUCAGAAACAUCUAAACUGGCCGAUGCUUUUGGUCAAUGUGGCAUUUUUUAUGUCUAUUUUCUCGGACUUGGAGUCUGAUCCAACAGAUGUACGCUUGAAGGGUGCAUUUCAGGAACUGGAUAAUCGCCUUACCUUUAGCGCCAUUGAGAAGGAGGUGUCAGAAGGAAUUGUGGGCUAUAUGCAAAAUAUAGUUCAGGUGGGAUCAGAUAAGAAAGAUAACUGA